GUCGUCGGCGUCGGCGUCGGCGUCGUCUUGGUCGUCGUUUUAGUCGUCGUCGUCGUCGUCGUCGUCGUCGUUGUCCUCGUCCCCAUCCCCGUCCUCGUCCGUAGCCAUUUUGGCUCAAGAGCCCGACCUCUGCAGUUUUGCCCGCUUGGUUACAGAGGUUCGCGAUUGGCUGGAGGUCACGGUGCGGAGCGGUGGCUCGCGCCAGGUGUGCGCGGCGGUGGUUGGGGCGCUUUGGCGAGCGCUGGCAGCUCCGCCAACUGAUCGCGGAGUUCCUGAUGGUUGGGGAGUUGGCGUUGACGGCAUUGAUGCUGUCGGCGAGAAGGAGGUGGAGCUCGAGGUGGACGGCCGCUUGAGCAGGACGCGCCCGUGGGUCAAGGCCAAGGCGCAGGCGGGCGCGGAUGACGAUCUGCCCACCUUGUCCAGCGACGUGCGGGCCUUCAAGAACACUGCCAUGCACGCCAGCUGCGGGUGCGGCGCGGAUGCCUUGCCCCAGACUGGCGCUGCGGCUCGGCGGUUGCAGCGCGGCGGCACCAGGGUCAAUGCAAAGAAGGUGAAGGAGGCCAAGCAGCAGGAGGUGCCUCGCCACGCUGCGGCGCCGGUUUCGGACGGGCUGACGGCUGUGGACGGCCUGCUGGAGUGCUUGCGGGUCCAGGUGGAGGGCAUCCAGGCGUUCUUGCCCGAUUCCCAUUUCGUGGACCACAUGCACGCCGCCGCGCCCCUCGAGCCUCUCGCCCUGGUCCGUGUCCGUAGGCGCAUCGACGUCGCCUGCAAGAUAGUCGCUUUGCUGCGGGAGGCUUCGGGACGGCGGAUUCGGCUUUCAACGACGCCUGCGCCGCGGAGGUCAAGCUGAGGGACCAGGAGGAGGCCAGCAGGCCACCCGACGGGUGAGCUUGCGCUUCAAUGAUCCAAAUUCUCUCGGGGGGGGCCGCCGCGGUCCUGUGCGCGCUGCUGGGCUCGCUCCUGGCCUCGGCGCGCCCUCCCGCUUUCUUUUUUCCCUGUCUGCUAGCCCUCGAGCCUCGGCUCUGGAGUCUAGAUGGCAGCUGCUUCUAGCAAAA